AUGGACCCCACAGACUCGGACGAAAUGAACGAUCUCCGCGAGAUUGAAUACCCUCGGGCUCUGCUUGACAAAGUGUGGGCAGUACAAUUCAAGCCAUAUCCACACGGACAGAAGACCGACAAUCCGAAUCCCUCUUGGGUGUUUGUGCUGUAUCACGAUAUUGACGAAGCGGGAACGGACGAGCAUACGACAACUAUUGUCGAGGGAGUGUUCACUACACUACAAAAGGCCAACGAAGCUGCUCUGAAUUUUUUCAUAGAAGACUACGCUGCUUUCUUCGACCAGAAAGAAGAUAUGUCGAAUUUCUUCGAGUCCAAUACCGUGAAAAAUGACGGCUUCAAUACGGUGGAGUGGAGUAUUCUCUAUGAUGGAGGUAUAUCGUUGGAGGCGACCAAUUCGGAAGGGCCAAAGAUCCAUGUCUAUGUUCAGAGUCAUGAGCUAGAAUAA